AUGGGAAGUUGGAAUCCGGAUGGAAGUUGGAAUCAGGGAAGGCAAAGGGACGCCCCAUGGAGAACUCACCCUAAUUUUAGAUGGACUGAUAACGAUCCAAAUCAACCGCCUCCACUGCAGAUCACAAAUUAUUCACACCCUCCAGAGAGACAGUUCAACUGGUCAGGAAGGAAUCAGGAGGGGCAGCAGCAAUUGGGAUACAGGACUCAGGAUCAUACUAAUUUGGGAAACAUGAAUCAGAACAAUCCACAGUUCAUGCAGAAUAACCUGCAUUCCAACAAUGACGUGGUUCACAAGCUACAAGACGCCCAGUUGGAACACAAAGCAGCCAUGGACAUGAUGGCAAAGCAGCUGUCCCAGAUUGCGGUUUCUUUGAAUGAGAUGCGGGGAAAUGAAGGAAAACUUCCUGCUACAGUCAAGCCACCUGACCGAUCAAACAUUAGACAGAUCACCUUGAGAUCCGGGCGGGAACCUGAGUUAGAGAGUAAAGGAGUGAGUAGGGAAGCUGGCGAACCCCCAUCUUGGAGUUCCACAAAUGCGGUAAAGCGAGCGAAAUCGUUUCCAUACCGAGGGGAAGCCAAGAAAAAGAGGGAUGAUACAGAGGACCUCAUGGAAAUUUUUAGCAAGCUGGAAAUAAACCUGCCUUUCUUGCAGGUCCUGAAGAUGCCUACCUUUAGCAAGUUCAUCAAGGAAUUCAUAGCUGGGAAGACAAAGCCGAACGAAAAGAUUGUGAUCGGGGAAAAUGUAUCCGUUGUGAUACAGAAAAGAAGGAUGCCUUCAAAAUGCACAGACCCAGGGUGGUGUGCAACAAUGAAUACAAUGGAAUUGACGGAUGAGGAGCUAACAGAAGCCAUCAUGGAGUUUUGCAAAAAUCCCAACUCAGCUAGAUCAAGGGGAUCAGCCCAUGUGGCCAGUUUGGAAAAUUCUCCUGGAUCUGGGAAGGAGACAAUACCUGAUGUUGCAGAGAAAAAUCCCUUGCCCCAGGAGACGAAUAACACCAAGAAGGAACUGAAGACACUCCCACUAGGUCUCAAGUAUGCUUACUUGGAAAAGAAUGAGAUAUUCCCAGUGAUAGUCAACAAUAACUUGACCGAGGAGCAAGAGAAGGAACUAUUGGAAGUAAUAAAGCGGAACAAGAAAGCAAUAGGAUGGACCCUCUCCGAUUUAGUAGGAAUCAGCCCUGAUCUCUGCAUGCACCACAUCCGGUUAGAGGAGGGUGUGAAGGCUCAUCGAGAAGCACAACGGAAGCUGAAUCCGAACAUGCGGGAGGAAGUUCUGAAGGAGGUAUUGAAAUUGCUCUCUCUAGGGAUCAUCUACUCCAUCCCGGAUAGUGAGUGGGUAAGUCCAGUCCAUAUGGUGCCCAAAAAUUCAGGAAUACAGGUUGUCAAGAAUGAAACGAAUGAAUUGGUGCCCACUAGGCUUGUGACUGGAUGGAGGAUGUGCAUCGACUAUAGGAAGCUGAAUGAAGCGAUGAAGAAGGAUCACUUCCCUCUACCCUUCACUGACCAGAUGUUAGAAAGGUUAGCUGGCAAACAGUAUUUUUGUUUCCUUGACGGAUACAACGGUUAUUUCCAGAUUUACGUAGACCCAGAGGAUCAGGGGAAGACCACAUUCACGUGCCCUUUCGGUACGUAUGCAUACCGAAGAAUGCCGUUUGGGUUGUGUAACGCACCAGGAACGUUCCAGCGGUGUAUGAUGAGUAUCUUUUCGGAUUUGCUUGAGGUAUGCAUUGAGAUAUUCAUGGAUGACUUUACCGUAUAUGGGAAUUCAUUCGACACUUGUUUGGCCAGCCUUGACUUAGUAUUGAGAAGAUGCCAGGAGAAGCACCUGGUCUUGAAUUUCGAAAAAUGCCACUUCAUGGUGUCUGAAGGUAUUGUCCUUGGUCACGUGGUCUCUGAGAGAGGGAUACAAGUGGACAAGGCAAAAGUGGAUGUGAUAUCGAAGUUACCUUACCCCACAAACCAAAAAGAAGUUAAAGGCUUCCUGGGUCACGCGGGAUUUUAUAGGAGGUUUAUUAGGGAUUUCGCGAAAAUCGCGGAACCGCUCACCCAUCUGUUGCACAACGAUAUGGAUUUCGUCUUUGACGAAGGAUGCAAGCAGACUUUUCAAUUGCUUAAGGACAAACUCGUGUCAGCACCAAUAAUCAGGGCGCCAGACUGGAAUCACCCUUUUGAGAUAAUGGGCGACGCUAGUGACUUUGCUGUAGGAGCUGUCCUAGCUCAGAAGAACUAUGAUACCACGGAGAAGGAAAUGUUGGCUGUCGUGUACUCAUUCGAGAAGUUCCGACCCAAUCUGCUUGGAUCGAGGGUUAUUGUUUUCACAGAUCACGCAGCGAUAAAGUACUUACUGGCAAAGAAGGAGUCUAAACCAAGGUUAAUCCAUUGGGUGUUGCUUUUGCAAGAGUUUGAUUGGGAAGUGAGAGAUAAGAAAAGAACAGAGAAUAGAGUUGCCGAUCACUUAAGCAGAAUUUUUCAAGGGGAGACGGAAGAGGCCAUACCCGAUGCUUUUCCUGAAGAGCAUUUGUAUUAUCUUGGGGAAUUCCCUAGACUGAUCAGUUGGAAGGCAGUUUUGGCAUUAACCGGUCCAGGAGAAUCCGACAAGGGGAAGCGAACACUAAACGCAGAACCAUGGUUCGCUGACUUGGCAAAUUAUUUGGUCACGGGAGAGGUGCCAACAGACAGGGGAAAUUUCAAGGAGGGACGAGAUGCCCCAAGUCCCAGUGAUUGUCUGCGAAAUCUUCAACGCAUGGGGGAUGGACUUCAUGGGACCGUUUCCAUCAUCCUACGGAACACAUAUAUAUUGGUCGCAGUGGACUAUGUGUCUAAAUGGAUAGAAGCCAAGGCUACCACGACAUGUGAAUCGAAGGAGGUAGUGAAGUUUCUGAAAGCCAAUAUCUUCAACAGAUACAGAGUUCCUCGAGCCAUCGUCUCGGACCAGGGAACACAUUUUUGUAAUCCCACCAUCGAGGCUCUGAUGAGGAAAUAUGGUGUGCACCAUAGGGUAUCUACCCCCUACCACCCUCAGUCUAACGGCCAAGCAGAAAUUUCUAAUCGAGAGAUCAAGGCAAUACUGGAGAAGACAGUUAAUCCCUCGAGGAAGGACUUGAGUAAGAGGCUCGGUGAUGCAUUAUGGGCCUAUAGAACUACUUUCAAGACUCCUAUCGGAAUGUCGCCUUAUAGACUGGUAUUUGGCAAAAUGUGCCACCUGCCCGUGGGUAUAGAACACAAGGCAUAUUGGGCAGUCAAGGAGAUGAGUAUGAAGCCUUCGGCUUGUGAAGAGGAAAGAAAGUUAUAG